AUGCUUUCAUUCAAAUUUGCAAGAGCUCGACGCCUUUCUACGACAAAUCAAGUCACUCACCAUGAACUAACUUGUUAUACUUUUCCAGGUCUCUUCGAGACUGAAGGCGUAAGGAUACCGGGUACAGAAUGCGACUAUCAAUUUAGCAGAUCGAGUAAUCGACCUACUCAUGGCCGCCUGUACAGCCCGAGAUACCCGUCCAUAUACCCCAAUAAUGUGCGCUGCUCUUAUCAUUUUCACGCUAGGCCAAAGGAUCGCGUGAAGGUAGUUUUUGAAGAAGUCUCUCUACAAAAGGGGGAUAUAAGUUGCCUACGCCGAGCGGACAUCAUCAAAGUGUUCGACGGGAAGGAUACCAAUGCACCAGCAAUAGCCAUGCUUUGUAACGAGCUCACAGGCUUCGAGGUGUUAUCAACAGGUCCCUCGUUACUUCUACAAUUUACAGCAAAUUCGGCAUCACCAGGCCAGGGGUUUGCAGCCACUUAUCACUUUCAACCUCCACCGGACUCAACAGCAGCAGAUUCUGAUCGUCUCCUGAAACUAAGCUUUGGAAAAGCCUUCGAGUCUCUUGGACCUGAAGUGAGUGCAACAAGUAAGUGCAGACUUUUAACAAUUUCUAAU